AAAUGGGGGAGCUUAUUGUAACAAUAACAACAUGGGAUAAGCCGAAUUAUGAAUUGUUUGAUGGAGAAUCGCAAAAUUAUAGAAUAUAGGAAUAUUUGAUAAACGAACCUGGAAUAUUUUGUAGAAAUGGGGAAAAUGAAACAUUUUUUGAUUAGAAUUUGAGUAGAAAAGACGGAGUAAGGAUUCUAUUCAAUGUCAGAAUUGACGAUGGUAGUAUUUGGCCACUGCAUUGUAGGAUAAUUCGUUAUUGGAGAUAAAGAUAAGAUUGAGGAUUUAUGGAUUCAGUCAAAGAAUGAGUAACAAAUAAGACAGAAUGAUGUGAUAAAGUUAGGAAAGAAAGUGCUGAAAGUGCUAAGUAUUAGCAAUGAAAACAACUUACAUUUGACACAUUACCAAAAUGUAGCUAGUCAAAUUGAAAAUGUAGAAGCCUCAUUAUUUGAGUCAUCAAAUAUGUGCCGAAUAUGUUUGGGACAUACUUGCAACACUUCUAAUCCUUUGUUAUCAUUAUGUCGUUGUUGUGGUAGUACCAAGUACGUGCAUUAUGAUUGCUUGAAGACUUGGCUAUUUGGGAAAAUGUAAGCGAAACAAACUCAAUAUUGUACUGAGUAACAAACAUACAAAAAUUUAGAAUAAAUGCUAAGAGUGUCAGAUGUGAAAUUUGCUAAUCGUUCUAUCCUUCCAUAGUGCACACAGGGACUAGCGUGUUAGCAUUGUAUAAUCUCGAAAAUCUAAAAUAUCAUGUUGUCUUAGAAGAUAUAGAAAAUUAGACUAUCCUGGUUUUGAAUUUUAAGGAUCUGACUACUCUGACGGUGGGACGAGGUCAUGAGAGCAAUGUUAAGAUUAGUGAGAUAACAAUUAGCAGAACUCAUCUUGCAUUUGUUGUGAGGUACAAUUAUUGUAAUAGUUCUGUAGGAAUGAUAAGUUGUACAUUGAGGACAAGAAUUCUAAAUUUGGAACUCUAAUCAAAUUGCAGAAAGCAAGGAGAAUAGAGAAAAACGAGACACUGUUUUUGCAAUCGGGAAGGAGCAGAAUUAUGAUAAAACACAAAGCUAAACCAAAAAGAUGUGCGUUACUUUGUAAUUUUCUUGAUUGAUAU